GGCUAUCUUUUUGAGUUUAAGGCGACUCUAAGGGAGGAAUCUUCUUCAUCAAGAAUCAAUGGGGAAGCAAUAUGAAAAGAAGAUUACUUGGGCGAUUAAGAAUUUCUCCUCUUUGCAAUCUGAGAAAAUUUGCUCUGAUCAAUUCGUCGUCGGUGGCUCCAAAUGGCGUCUUGAGUUGUAUCCCAAGGGAAAUUGUGCGGGUAAUUAUUUGUCUCUGUUUCUGGCGGUUGCUGAUAAGGAAGCUUUGCCUUCUGGAAGGAGAAGAUACACAAAGUUUCGCCUAACUGUUGUUAAUCAACUUCCGGGAAAACUCUCCCAAGUGCAAGAAGCACAAGAGGUGUAUGAUCAGAAGUUUCCCGCCUGGGGUUUCUUAGAAAUGCUUUGCCUUACCAAUCUUCAUGCCAAAGAUGGUGGAUUUCUGGUGAAUGGGGAACUCAAGAUUGCUGCCGAGGUGGAGAAUCUUGAUGUUAUUGGAAAAUCAGAUGUGUUAGAGGAAACUUCAUCUGUAGUGGAAAUCAAUGGGUUUCAAGUUAUUCCUUCACAGGUAGAAUCUGUGAACAGUCUGUUUGAAAAGCACCCAAACAUUGCAUCAAAACUCCGUCCAAAGAACCCACAUCUGAGAACAACAUACUUGAAUGUCCUACUAAGCCUUACUGAAAUUCUGUCCAAGUCCCCUGAGGCACUCUCCAAUGGUGAUCUGGCCGACGCAUAUUCUUCACUGAGAUAUGUAGCAAUGGCAGGGUUUAAAUUGGAUUGGUUGGAGAAGAAACUCAAAGAGGCUGGUGAGAGUCGGAUGCAAGAAAUCGAGGAGGAGUAGAAGGAUUUGAAGCAUAAGUGCUCAGACAUGGAUGCUCUACUUGAAUUCUUACGAUGAGGUUGUUUAAGGACUAUGCACUUAAGAGUUUGGAUCUAACUAGUGUUCUAGUUUUGUUUGUUUUCAUCUUUAAGGUGUGGCUAGGUUUCUUUAAUUGCAGUUUGUUUCUUG